ACGAAAUAUCCAAUAAUGGUUAAUGGACAUUACAUAAUGUAUGGGGAAAGACCGUCCUCGGAGUCCGAAAUAGUGGAAGAUCACGUGCAGACGCGCACCGCGGAGCGCAAAACCCGGCGCAAGGCGCACAGGACCGCCAACGAGCUGCAGCCGAGUCUGGCGCAGCUUGACAACGAAACCGACUCCGUCAAAUAUGAGAAGAAAGAGAAAAAAAGUAAGGAGCCGAGGAUCCUUCGCUAUGUACCCAAUACGGACGUAGAGGAGCAUCAAGUCAGCGACAAUUACGAGACAUACGACUUGAAGACGACGGACGCGAAGCCGAGACGGUACGCGUUCAAGAAGAAACCGAAGAACCCGGCAGAUGGAUCUGUUAACUAUGCUUAUUCGAGAUCUAGCAGCAGCUGCUCCUCGCCUAACGGCAACCUACCCACUAUCGCGGAGCAUGGCGAGGCGCUUUCGACGCGACAUACGGCGCCGCCGAGCCCCACUGUCAGCGAAAUAAUCACUGGCUACGAAAACAAAUUGGACAAGUACUUUAACAAACCGAGAGAAGUGAAGAAGUACCGCUCUAAGGGCUCGCACCCCGACAGCCUUUACCGGGUGCCGCUGGGCGCAGGCGCGGGCGGCAGCAAAAUGGCGCGCCUGCUGCGGGUUAUGCGCUGGCCCGUCGCGCUCAUCGUCGUGUGCGUCGCUCUGGCCAUCUUCGUGUACUUCCUCAUGCCUGAUAACUUCCAAACGGGACCAGAGAUGAUAAACGCGACGUACUGGGAAUCGAACGUAGCGGUGGCCGACACACACCGCGCCCACGAUCACACAUAUAAGCCACCGGAGCCUAAGAAACUAAACAAUAAAGUGCAGACCGACACGAGAACGCCGGAAAUAGAUUUUUACGAUGCAGACCACAAUAAAAAUGAAGAAUUGCAGGCUGUGAUCAGUACCAUUACUGAUAAGCAAACGAAACUGCCCAUUCCUCCGGUGUUUCCAACCCACCUGACACCAGAGGUACAAUAUGGAAACGAAAAUGCCGACACUGAGAAUUUGAGAUCACCGAAAGUUUUACAUAAAAUAAACCAGCUGCCCGCCGACUCCACGCUGAAACCUCGCAUCACACAGAAACCAGAGAAACCUUUAGCCAUUUACUUCAAAGACGGCGAAGGUGUUACCACCACCACCACAACUACCACCACUAACACCGAGGAUGCUAGCGAAGCGAUGGUCAACAAUUUGUACACUAUCCACAGUGACAAAAUAGAUGACAUCGCGUACAAACCUUUACUCGGUCUGUUACCUUGGCCUGUUAAGACUGCCAGUUUAGGUCCUGUCCUGCCUCCUGAAAUGCAAGAAUUCUACAUCCAAGGUCCGGCGAAAACAAACUUCACCUCCGGCCAUUCAAAGUUCUUUGGAAUCGGAAUUGAAGAUGCGGAAAAAAUGCAAUCUACCACGCAAAGCUCAGUCUAUAACACAAGGGUGUCACCGACGCUGCCUACGUGGCGUGAUAGAGAUGACACGACCACUAAAAACUACCCAGUAAAUGUCAACCCUGAUGUAUCUCAGUGUCGCUCGACGAGUCAGCCGCUGUGCCGGGGCGUGCUUCCCUACGACUUGGCAGGCAAGCCGGCAUCCUUCGGCGGUGUCUCCGUCACCACUCUGCUGCCUCAGAUCCUGUUCGUGGCCGCCACCAACUGCAGCAUCCGCUUCAAGACCUUCGCCUGCGCCUUGUUGGAGCCUGAGUGCAGCCCAGCGCCUUAUGCUCCCAAAAUGCCUUGCUAUAAUUUAUGCAAAGCUGUCUUGGACGGAUGUGAAAGCGACAUUCCUCACGAGCUUCGCACAGUUUUAAACUGCAAGCAGUACUCCAGCGCCAACUGCGUGGCGGCGCGGACACCGUGCGAGCGGCAGGAGGUGCCCUGCAGCGACGGCACUUGCAUACCGAGGGACUGGAUUUGUGACGGGGCUCAUGAUUGCCCUGCCGGCGAGGAUGAAAAUAUAUGUGGCACCUGCCAGCCGCAUGAGUUCCGCUGCGAAUCAGGAACGUGCAUCCACUCGCGCUGGAAGUGCGACGGCUACGCGGACUGCCCCGACGGUGACGACGAGAGCGAGGCUCGGUGCGGCGGAGUCCGCGAGGAGCUGGGCGAGGAGCCCGCCGGCUCGGCGCCCGCGCCCGCCGUGCACCGCCCCAACAGAGUGCCGGCGCCCAAGAAGACCCAUCGCUCAGGAGACGAUAGCAGCAAGGAACUGCUCAUGACUAGUGACAGCACCAACGCCCUGAAAAGAAACUUCACCCGACGACCAUCGUUAUCUCGGCUGACACCAUACUCUCCCGCCAUGCUUCAGGCCACAAAACCUAAGAAAACUGAAUCUGAUGACGAUGCCCCAAAAAAAGCCAACAAACACAAACAUGAUACUGAAGAAGAAAGUGAAGAUGCACAAGCAGAUGAUCUUACUGUCCUCGAAGACACACAAAUAGUUACAGAAUUGCAAGAAAAACACAAAAGAGCUGAAGAUGAGAGGCCGAAGAAUCAACCCAAUUUGAAUAUUAAACCUAAGAUCACUUAUAAGAAUUUAACUAAAGUAAAUCCAUUACAAGGAAGAGCGCCGAUGCCACGUCCCAGACCAGCAAAGGUUGAAAAUCCCGCAAUUUUGGCUUAUCCUGCGGAACCGACCAAACUAGACCAGUCCAUCAACAAGCUAGAGCGAGUUAUCAAUGGAGCAGACCUGAUGAAGAUGCUUACACAGAAAGCCCAACGGCCCAGCCCAGCGACCGAGUCCGGGGAGUCGCAAGAGAACACGACGGUCGACCGGCCCGGGCCCGGGCCCGAGGCGGCCGACAGGUUCGGCGGCAAGGCCACCGCGCACGCGUCGCCGUGCCCCGACAGCGAGCUGCGCUGCGUCGACGGCCGCUGCAUCACCCUCGCGCAGCUCUGCGACGGCACCAUCGACUGCAGCGACCACGCCGACGAGGACAACUGUUAUACGUGAAACUGUUUUAUUAGCUUUUGAAGGGUGUAUGG